AUUUUGUUAAACAACUCUUGAUUUUGCACAAUGCGAGAGACGCGGUCAUCAGCAGCAGCAGCAGCAGUUGCAGCGGUUCCGUCGCCAGUUGCUCCUUCGGCAGCAGCAGCAACAACCUCCUCAGCGUCCGCGCUGCUGACCCAUCCGCACCUGCCGCACAACAUGCACGAUGCAAACGAGAUGAUGCAUGCAGGCGCAACGCUGCUGCACGACGCGGCCGUCGAAUCCGUUGAGGCCGUCAAGCACGCGACGGCCCACGCCAUCGACGCCAUGGCCACCGCCAGCAAAACCGCCACCGACCGCGCCCACCACCUCGUCGAGCGCGUUGAAGAGACGGUCCACAACAUUUUCGCCCUGUACUCGUUCCACCACAUCCCGGACUGGCUCAGGGACAACGAUUUCAUUAUCGGUGGCUACCGCACACAGAUGAACUCAUUCCGCGCUUGCUUCAACUCCAUGUUCUACCUGCACAACGAGACGGGCAACAUUUACUCGCAUCUCAUCGGCUUUACCAUCUUCCUGGUUGCCGCUUGUUGCGCUGGCUACGGCUACCUGUCGCAGCACGAUUUUGCCGACCAGGCCGUCUUUUGGAUUUUCUUUGUCGCUGCCAUGAUCUGCCUGAUGAUGUCCACACUCUUCCACCUCCUGUUCUGCCACUCGCCACGCAUGUACGGCGUCUUUAGCCGCCUCGACUACACGGGCAUUGCGAUUCUGAUUGCGGGCUCCUUCUACCCAUUUGUCUACUAUUGCUUUUACUGCCACGAGACGUCGCGUGUCAUCUACCUCUCCAUGAUUACCAUCCUUGGUGUUGCGUGUGCCUACGUUGCCUGCUCUCCCAAGUACGACGGUGUCGCCUUCCGAACAACUCGCAUGCUGUUGUUCCUCGGAAUGGGCGCAUCCGGACUUUUGCCUGUCGCCCACUACACGUACCUGUACGGCCUCGCAGCUGCCGUCAACACCUCUUCGUUGGACGUUCUCGGCAUUAUGGCGCUGCUGUAUGUCUCGGGCGCCGUCAUCUAUGUCACCCGCGUGCCCGAGCGCUUCUUCCCUGGCAAGUUUGACUAUUGGCUGCACAGUCACCAAGUCUUCCAUAUUCUGGUGGUCGCUGCCGCCUUGACGCACUACUAUGGCGUGUACACUGCAAUGCAACACCGGAAAGAGUUCCAGUGCAGCGUUGAGCAGUCCAUUCUUGGCCUGUCUAGCUUGGUCGGAGGAGCCGAUCAAAAUACCUCCAGCGUCUUUGUCCCGAGCUCCGAGUUCUGAGUUUUCCCCAACAAACACCCCCGGCGCAUGCGUUAGAUUGCUCCUGUUGUUGAUUCCGUCCUGUUGUUAUUUGUUGUUGCCUAUUGUACAGACCCUGGUUGGUUGAACGCGUCAUGAGAAUUUCCAUGUCAAUACAUGUACUUUUACUCGA